GAGAUGGCGACUCUGAAGACGACGGUGAAUUCGAUGGUGGACCAGCUCAGCGUGUUUGCGAGCGAGGUGACGAGGGUCACGCUUGAGGUGGGGUCGCAGGGGAUAUUGGGGGGUCAGGCGAAUGUGCCGGGUGUUGGAGGGGUUUGGCUUGAUUUGACGCGGAAUGUCAACCGCAUGUGCUCCUCCCUAACCGACCAAGUCCGCUCCAUCGCCGUCGUCACCACCGCCGUCGCCAAAGGCGACCUCACAUCCAAAAUCGAGAUCCCCGUAGAAGGCGAGAUGGCGACGUUGAAGACGACGGUGAAUUCUAUGGUCGACCAGUUGAGCAAUUUCGCGAGCGAGGUGACGAGGGUGACGCUUGAAGUGGGGUCGCAGGGGAUAUUGGGGGGACAGGCGUUGGUGCCUGGGGUUGAGGGGGUGUGGUUGGAUUUGACGCGGAAUGUAAACCGCAUGUGUCUCAGCCUGACGGACCAGGUGCGCUCCAUCGCCGUCGUCACGACCGCAGUAGCCAAAGGCGACCUCACACACAAGAUCGAGAUCCCCGUCGAGGGCGAGAUGGCGACGUUGAAGGAGACGGUGAACAGCAUGGUGGACCAGUUGAGCAACUUUGCGAGCGAGGUGACGAGGGUGGCGUUGGAGGUGGGGACUCAAGGGAGGUUGGGCGGACAGGCGGAGGUGGAGGGGGUGCAGGGGACGUGGGCGGAUUUGACGACGAAUGUGAACAAAAUGGCGUGGAAUUUGACGGACCAGGUGCGGUCGAUUUCGGAGGUGACGAAGGCGGUCGCGAGCGGCAGUCUCGAGAAAUUCGUCAGCGUGGACGCACAGGGCGAGAUGCUCGAGCUAAAAUCGACCGUAAACUCAAUGGUCGUCCAGCUCAAAUCCCUCGCUAAGGAAGUCACCCGAGUCUCCCUCGAAGUCGGCACCGAAGGCAAACUCGGCGGGCAGGCGUACGUUCCCGGCGCGCAGGGCACGUGGAAGGAGCUCACGAACAACGUGAACCUGAUGGCGGAGAACCUGACGAAUCAGGUACGGUCGAUCGCGACGGUGACGAAGGCGGUGGCGAAUGGGGAUUUGACGAAGAGGAUAGAGGUGGAUGUGAAGGGCGAGAUGGCGGAGUUGAAGGCGACGGUGAAUGGGAUGACGAGUAGUUUGAGCACGUUUGCGGAUGAGGUUACGAGGGUGGCGAGGGAGGUGGGGACGGAUGGGCGCUUGGGGGGACAGGCGAAUGUGUCGGGGGUGAGGGGGACUUGGAAGGAUUUGACUGAUAACGUGAACGUUAUGGCUCGAAAUUUGACGGUUCAAGUAAGAAGUAUCUCCGUGGCGACUACGGCAGUCGCACGAGGAGACUUGACCCAGAAGGUCAGAGGUGUCUCUGUGUCCGGAGAGAUCCUCGGCCUGGUCAACACCAUCAACGACAUGAUUGACCAGUUGGCCAUCUUCGCCUCCGAGGUCAAGAAGGUCGCGUACGAAGUCGGAACUGAAGGCAAGCUAGGAGUCCAAGCCGAGGUCGGCAACGUUCAAGGAAUCUGGCAGGAGAUCACAAUGUCCGUGAAUACGAUGGCAGGAAACUUGACGACCCAAGUCCGUGGUUUCGCGCAGAUCUCGGCUGCGGCUAUGGAUGGAGACUUUACGCGGUUCAUCACCGUCGAGGCGAGCGGCGAGAUGGACUCGUUGAAAACACAGAUCAACCAGAUGGUGUUUAACUUGCGGGACUCGAUCCAGAAGAACACGGCUGCGAGGGAGGCUGCGGAGUUGGCGAACAAGAGUAAAUCGGAGUUCUUGGCCAAUAUGUCGCACGAAAUUCGUACACCCAUGAAUGGCAUUAUCGGCAUGACUGAAUUGACGCUAGACAGCGAUUUGGAACGCUAUCAACGCGAGAGUCUGCUACUCGUCCACAGUCUCGCCCGGUCACUACUACUCAUCAUCGACGACAUCUUGGAUAUCUCGAAGAUCGAGGCUGGCCGUAUGACGAUGGAGCAGGUCUUCUUCUCCUUCCGUCAAACUGUGUUCGGUAUCCUCAAGACCUUGGUCGUACGAGCCACGCAAGGCAACCUUGACCUCACCUAUGAUAUUGACCCGGAUAUUCCGGAUUUGCUCAUUGGUGACUCGUUGAGGCUACGCCAGAUUAUCACUAAUUUGGUCGGGAAUGCGAUCAAGUUCACGCCUUCGAAGACCUUCGCCAAGGGCCGUAUCGCGUUGAGCUGUCGUCUGCUUGCGCUGGAUGACGAAGCUGUGACACUUGAAUUCUGCGUCAAGGAUACGGGUAUUGGCAUCGCACGGGAUAAGCUCAACCUCAUCUUCGACACGUUCGCACAGGCCGAUGGAUCAACGACUAGGGAGUACGGUGGUACUGGCCUCGGUCUAUCCAUUUCCAAACGUCUCGCAUCUCUUAUGCACGGUAACAUGUGGGUCGAGAGUGAGGUCGGAAGAGGUAGCAAGUUCUUCUUCACGCUCACCUCACAUCGGGGAUACAUGUCUCUUGGCGCAUUGCGGUCGAAGAUGUCACCGUUCGCGAACCGAAAUAUCCUGUUCUUGGAUACGAAGCGCGACCAGACGAGAGUGGCGAACCGCAUAGAGAGCCUUGGGCUGAAUACGCACGUCGUGCAUGAUAUGUCGUCGGUGUCGGAUAGGGAGUCGUGUCCGCAUAUAGAUACGGUCGUGGUUGAUUCACCGGAAUGGACAGAGAAGAUUCGCGAGUAUGAACAUCUCAGAUAUAUUCCGAUCGUUCUCCUGGCUCCCGCAAAAGCCCCGUUGAACUUGAAAUGGUGUCUCGACAACAGCAUCAGCUCGCAAGUGUCGACGCCUGUUUCUCAACAAGACCUCGCCUCCGCAUUAGCGUCCGCCCUAGAAUCCAGCACCAUCAGUCCAGCCGCGACGAAGGGCGACACCACCUUCGACAUCCUGCUCGCGGAAGAUAACGAAGUCAACCAACGUCUGGCCACGCAGAUCUUGCAGAAAUACGGCCAUUCGGUAGAGAUCGCGGAGAACGGGUCUGUGGCCGUCGAUAAGUUCAAAACACGAACACAACGGUGCCAACCUUUCGAUAUCAUCCUCAUGGAUGUGUCGAUGCCGUUUAUGGGGGGUAUGGAGGCGACGGAACUGAUCCGUGCGUAUGAGCGGCACAAUUCCUUGGCACGGACGCCUAUCGUUGCUCUCACUGCCCAUGCUAUGAUUGGUGACCGUGAGCGUUGUUUGAAGGGAGGGAUGGAUGACCAUAUUACGAAACCACUUCGACGAGGCGAUCUCCUAGCCUCCAUCGGAAAACUUGCAGGCGAACGUGUCAAACUAAGACUUCAACAAGCCGUCUUCCGAUAGCCCCACGCCACCUCCCACUUCCCACCUCUCACGAACCUACUUUCCUCUCCACUCCGCUCCGCCGUGUACUGUUAUACCCACUGCACUCCUCCUCCGUGGCUCAUCGAUGAUUGUUUGUUAAUACUUAUGUAUGUAGUGGUACAUCAUCUCUCCGUCUCUCCGGAUCGCCCGUCGUCGCUCAUCGUUCAUGGCUCCGUAUUAUAUCCAUAUCCCGUGGCUACUUACCGUUUUUCUCUCCCUGUCUGAAUCUCUGAAUUUCUCUUGGGUCUUUUUUGUGUUCCUGUUAACGUUACAGUCCGUUCAUUGUUUAGUGCUUAGCUCUGAUCUGUCCUGCUGUUCUCUUCGCAUAAUCCGUGUAUUACUUCUCAUGACUUGACUCUACCAAUACCACCUAUUCACGAUGUCUCU